AUCCCUUGCGGCAUCUAGUGUGGUAUAAAUAAAUGGUAUGUGAAGAAACGUGAAAAACUUUUAUUUCUGACAAUUUUUAAGUAAUUCAUAAAUCAUAUGUAUGUACAAUAUUACCUCUCACUUUUUUCUUUUCAGAAAAAGUUUGUGAUAUGUAAACAAUCUUUCCCUUAUUUUUAGAUCUCAACAAAAUCUAACUCUAUAUGACACACACAACAACACUCAUAUUAAAGAGGUAUUUUUCUUCAAGAUUUGAUUAGUAGAGUAGAGCCAUGGGUUGGAAUUUCUUUACUAUCUUCAUUGUGCUACUUUUUCAUCACUCAAAUGCAAAUUCAAAGCAGAGUUGCAACUUUUUCGAAGGAAGUUGGAUUGAAGAUGAAACUUAUCCUCUCUACAAUUCAACUCAAUGUCCAUUCAUUGAACAUGAAUUUAAUUGUCAAAGGAAUGGCCGUCCUGACCAAGAUUAUCUCAAGUAUAGAUGGCAACCACAUGGAUGCUCCUUACAAAGAUUUGAUGGAGGGGCAUUGUUGGAGAAAUUGAAAGGGAAAAGCAUAAUGUUUGUGGGAGAUUCCCUAAGCCGAAACCAGUGGCAAUCACUUGUAUGUCUUCUUUAUACAUCACUCCCUAACACCAAAUACAACGCAACCAGAGUUGGUGAUGUCUCUUUAUUCACUUUCUUGGAUUUUGAACUUGACGUGAUGUUGGAUCGAAGUGUGUAUUUAGUGGACGUUGUGAGGGAAGAAAGGGGAAGAGUAUUAAAAUUAGACUCAAUUGAAGGUGGCAAGUUGUGGAAAGGAAUUGACAUGCUCAUUUUCAACACUUGGCAUUGGUGGAACCGCAGAGGAACCACUCAACCAUGGGAUUACAUUGAAAUAGGAGGUCAAUAUUAUAAAGACAUGGAUCGUGUUGUUGCUUUUGAGAGAGCUUUAUUUACAUGGGCUAAAUGGAUUGACACCAACAUUAAUCCUGCAAAAACUAUAGUGUUCUUUCAAGGAAUUUCCCCAUCUCAUUACAAUGGUACCGAUUGGAAUCAACCAGGGGUGAAAACUUGCUUAAGGCAAAUGCAACCAAUAAGUGGUUCAACAUAUCCAGGAGGGUUACCCCCAGCAUUGAGAAUUUUGAAGAAAGUAUUGUACACAAUUGAGAAGCAAGUGACAUUGCUUGAUGUCACAAAUCUUUGCUUAUUGCGUAAAGAUGGACAUCCUUCAAUUUAUGGGCUAAGUGGAAUGGAUUGUAGUCAUUGGUGUUUAGCUGGAGUUCCUGAUAUUUGGAAUGAAAUACUAUAUAACUUUAUAGUAACAACGUAACUGGUAAAAUUAUUUUUAUGUUACCUGAUUUGAAUUGUGAAAGCAACCUCCUAUAGAAUUGAUCUUUGUGAUCCAAAUCUUUUCCUAGUGCACGGAUGAUUAGAGAAAAGAAUAAUUACUUAAUUGAACACAUUCAUUAUGUAGUUCUAUUUCAUUAAUUGUUACUUCAAUCUUCAAUAAUCACUUUUA